UGGAGCCUCCUCUGCAGAUGCAUUCAGGGCUGAUGACACUCUUCUCACUCUCUGUCUGAACGACACAAUGUUCAGUUCAAACCAAGCAGCUCUGCUCUUCUUUCAGCUGCUGGGGAUGCAUCGUGUCUUUGAAGAUCAGCAGAGGACGGCUGUGAUGUUCAGAGGAGAACCAGUCCAGCUCAACUGAAAUAUAUCAAUGAGAAAUGCACCACAAUUCGCCUGGAUGAAAGAAUGAGACUAUUUGUAAGCUUCCCUCUCCAAGACAAAUCAUACAUCAGGACUCUUUUACCAGGCUCAGUAUUCUGAAUGCUCAGGCUGAAGAUGAAGGACUUUAUUCAUGCUCUGUAACCAGGAUGGACUGCACAUAAUAAAUUGAAUGGAAUGUAACUGUGACUGAUAAACCUGAGAAAGAUUCACGGAGAUUUCUGGUUAUACCCGCCAUACGAUUUCCUCUCUGCUUCAUGAUAUUAACUAUCUGCAUCUACAGACAUAUUUCAUCAUCAAAUGUCACCAACUCCUGCAGUCUGAGCCUUUUCUGUCCUCUCUUCCUGUGGGAACUUUGAUGGUGGAAACUUACAACCGCUGGAAAUCUCCCGGACCUCCUCCACCGCCUCCUCUCCACUCCUGACCUCCUGCCUUGAAUCAGCCAGCUCACUGCUUCCCUGCUUCUCACUAGUUCUACCACCAGGCGGCGCUGUGGUGCAGGAUGGGAACCAGACCAGCUCCUGUUGGGCAGUUUGUUUAUUUAAAUGUGUCUCAGUGACUGGUGGAGACCUGACCGUGGUGGAGGGACAUGAUGUUACUUUACCCUGCAAGAUGACUGAGCAGGAGAAGACACUCACUCAGAUAUCAUGGAGGAGGAAGACCAGAGGAAUGCCUGGAAAUCCUUUUUUUUACACCAUUUCAGAAGAAAACGGUCCACAUUUUUUCAAUGGUCCUGAUCCUCGAAUCAGUUUCAUUGGACAUUUUGCAGAGAGGAAUGGAACUCUACAAAUAUCCAAUGUUUCGUUAAAUGAUGAAGGAAGCUACACGUGUAUUUUUUCUUUGUUUCCCAGUGGAACUUCCAGUACAGAAAUACCUCUACGAGUAGAAGUCCCUCCAGCUACAAGCCUCAACUCCACACUUCUUAUUUUGGGAAAUGAAGAAGUUCUUCUUGCCACCUGCACAGCUGCUGCCUCCCGGCCCGCUGCGCAGCUGCGGUGGAUCACUGGCGCUCUUGAGAAGAAUUUAAGGGAAACGACCAGCGUCACGGAGCUCGAUAAUGGAACCACGACCACGGUGUCGUCGCUGUUUGGAGUGCCAAGGAGAGAAAUCAGCGGUCAUGAAGUGCAGUGUGUGGUCAGCAGCUCGGCCCUGGCAGAAGAACACCGCGAGGCUUUCACCUUACAGGUCUUCUUUCCCCCCAUGAACGUGACCAUCGUAGAAACGUCAGACGACACGCUUGAAUGUGUUUCUGACGGAAACCCAGAACCGAGCGUCAGGUGGACCAGAUCUGACAAGACUUUACCCGAGUCUGACUUCAGAGUUGAUGGUGGGAAGCUGACGUUUCUGCGAUGUGCUUCUGAUCUGAAAGGCUUCUAUCAGUGUGAGGUUUCAAACCCAUACGGACAACAAAGCCAGCAGUUCUACUGGACUGUAUGUUCAGGAUCCAACCCUGCUCCUUGGAUCUUAUUUGGUUUUUCGUUUUUCCUGAACGUCAUCGGUGCAGUGUGGUACUUGUAUAAAUCUGGAUACAUUACAAGAUACAGUGGGGUCCUCAGGGUUCCGACUGAUUCCAACUCACCAGACAGGGUACCAGGCACUGGGAGAGGAAGGGAUUCUUCUGGCUCACAUGAAAUGGUGAAGUUUAACCUGUCCCUCAGUGAUGUCUGCGGCUUCCUGAUGCAAGAAGCUGAAAGCAGGUUGACUGGAAGCUUGCUGUCGUUGUUUCUGUGGCUUUUAAUUGAUGUGAAAUUAAAGCGAUACUUCAACAUUUUGGCAAAUUGGCCCAUUUAGCACAAUUCCUUAGUCAGUUCGAACAGCAUACUCACUUUUUUUGUGAGGGCGAGCUAUUGUUUAUUCAGAGGCACAAUGG